AUGACUACCCAUGAAGAAGAGCCAACAGCUCUGCUAGCUCUCGAAGCAUCGGCACCGGCGCCGGCACCUCAAGCAACUCCCACAGACUCACCAGUUACUGUAGCCAUGAACGAGAUGACUCAAAAUCUCAAGAGGAAGCUACAGAAGCAGCAAGGGAAGAAUCUCCCAUCCACCAAGUUCAGGGAUCUUUGCCCCUUCCCUGAUGCAAAGGUACCUCAAGACUUCGAGGUACCAAAAUUUAACAAAUAUGAUGGUAUAGGGUGUCCUAUGGACUACUUAAGAGCAUUUUGUGGAGAGCUUAAUACUCUAACAGGUAAUAACGGAGUGUUGAUCCGUUUGUUUCAAAAAUUCUUGAAAGGCGAUGCGUUAGAUUGGUACACGUCAUUAGACUACUAUCGAAUUAAGACUUGGGAACAACUUUCCCAAGCUUUCAUUGAUCGUUUCGUGUACAAUCUUAAUGUAACACCUAAAAGGGCGGAUCUUGCUGCCCUAAGGCAGAUGAAUGAUGAGUCAUUAUCAACUUACAUUGGACGGUGGCAGGCCAUGGCUGCCAGAAUGAAGACACCCAUUGAUAAUGAAGAGCAAAUCUACAUGAUCAUCCACUCGGCAUACCCGAGUAUCUCUGGAUACCUCAUUUCCUAUCAAUAUGCCAACUUUACCCAACUCAUCCGUGUUAGGGAAUAA